AUGCAGGGCUUGGGUCGUAAUGGCCCGCGAUCUAAGAGUGGUUGUAGUACCUGUCGCCGUCGCAAGGUCAAGUGUGGGGAAGAGAAACCAGUCUGUACAAGAUGUUCAUCCCUGCGCCUCAAAUGUGAAUGGGGGGUCCCAGUGAAGCGUGGGAGAAGCACGCAAAUUCGACAUCUCGAACCUGCAUUGGAGCAAUUGAACCCUCAAGACCCAGCUGAGAACCUUGUCGAGUCUCGACAAGACCUUUUUACAUGUCUCUCGCCUGUCUCUCGGGUAUCUGACGUUAUUCCUUUUGACACGUUUGACCUGGCGCCAAUUGCGACUCUCAUAUACCCUUCCUUGAGCAUCAACGUUGCAUGUGCCAAUUCAUUAACACUCACCACUCUUGAUCGACAAUACUUUCAGUACUUCCCCUCUUCCUCCCUUGUAUUUUACUACAUGAAGGGAUGGAAGUGGACUGGACUCUGCCAUCUUUACGAAGGUCCAGCCACAUCAAAUAGAGUCAUAAUGCGAAUGAUACUGGCAAUAAGUGCAUCUGAUAUGUAUCGCAAUGGGUGGAUCACGCGCUCUCAGGAUCAUGGUCGGUACCAUUACAGUCAAGCUGUCAAAGAAUUCAGGCAACUACUUGAAACGCCACGCCAGGUUUCAUUGCAUGAUGUCGAGACAGUUUUUGCCACUGUGUUUUUGAUGAUAGCAUGGGAGUGGCAGUUCGGACACUCGGUGCGCCAUCUCCAACUCCACCUCCAGGGCGUGCGCUCGCUUCUGGAAACACACCCACAACUAUUCCGCAUUAAAGAUGUGAAUGAUAUGCUCUUUUCUCCCGGCAUUGAUACAUUGGCCAAUGAUGCCGCGAAUGUGACCAAGAUCUCCUUCAUCCCGGAGCAGUUUUUGUUGUGGAUUUUAUAUAUCGAUGCUAGUUGCCGUCCCAUCGGCCUUACCGAGUCACUUAACGACUAUGUGGCCCAGUCUGGGAAUCCUGCUCUGCAGCCGGACCAUCUUCAUCGUUGUGCUCGUCUAUGGGGUCGAUGCUAUUGGGGCGAACAGUACCCCGAUGAGGAAGUUAUGGACGACAUUGAGAAUUAUAGAGCCCUCGAGCUGUUGCACGCUGGAUUUUGCCUACGUCAUCGAACUUGGAAGGUCUUCGUGGAAUCCGCGGCUGGUACCGCCCGCUCCGCCGAAGCUCUUUCCCGUGAGAUCCUCGGUAUUCGAGAAAAAUUUUCCGACCUUUUCAUUACCUCUAGGUUUGCCGGAAAUGUCUCGGCUCGACGUACGCUCAAUACCAUAUACAUGGCCGUUUCUACCUUCUACGCCCAGGUCCUUCUCCACCGUCGCCUCCUCUGCGUCGAUACUCUACCUCUGGGGAUUCAUCAGCAAGCUACAGCAGGAAUCAUUGACAUUUCCCAAAAGCAAUUUUUGUCUGAUCCGAACCUCCUCAAACGCUUACACCUGCCGCUGUUCAUGGCAGUGAUUGAAACCGAUAAUGUAACACAUCAAAUAUGGCUCCGCCAGCGUCUAAGGGAGCUGCGCAACUUUCAUUCCGAGUUUGCUUGGGCACAUGAUGUGGCCGAGCAGAUCCUGGCCCAGCAAGACGUGAGUCGGGGACGAUAUAUCAAUCUGGGCGAAUUUCUACUAAAGCGUUUUCAUGCGCAAUAA